CAGCGGCCGUGGCGGGGAUCCCCUGCAUCCCCUUCUGGGGAGCGUGAUGCCGUUCAUAGCUGAUGGAGACAGUGUAUCUGGGCGUAAGAAAGGUGUGUGUAUGUGUAUAAUCCCAUAUACACGUAUACCGGUACCUACGGCAUGUGUAUUGGUUCAGUAUAGCCACACAUUAGUGACACACCCGUGUCACAGUCACCAGUGUGCUUCUGCUAGAUCUGGCCAUGCUAAAUGGCCAUUGAACUUCCUGCUCACAUGCAAGGCGAGCCCAGCUGCACCUGUUGCAGUGCAGCAGCUGGGUGUGCUGUCCCUUGCUUGGCAGGGGGAUAUGGAGGGGAAGGAGGCUUGCAGGAAGCUUACAGGGCAAAUGUUUCAGUGUGAACAUCAAGGAAAAGGUGCCUCUGCAAGUCAGGAGACUGACAUUUGGAUUCCUAGUGGAACCUGUCAUUUGGGGUUCUGACUAGGGCUCUUAAGAAGAUCAAAAAGGAUGCUCUCCAUGUUUCUGUGUUGUUCAGGGGCUUACCAACUCCCAGGCUUAGUUACACAGGACCCACAGAGGGCUGGUCAGGUUUUGUGAGCUGGAAAAACCAUAUUUGACCUGACUGGCACAGAGCAUCUGCUGAUGCACCUGUGCUGUUGGUGCACGUUUAUAAUGGGCAGUUUAAUGUAGGCCAGUGAGACGCAGAUCCUUGUCCUCUCACUCCCACUUUGCCAUCCCUGUAUAUGUAGGGCAAGGCCUCUCUGCGUGCCUUGUAAGGCACGCACCAACGCACGGCCCUGGGCUCACUGGAGAUGCUAAUGCAAUUAUCGUACUAUUACUGAGUUUCCUUCAUGGCCUCUUGUGAAGGACACGUCUGAAAUCCUUUUUGAGCAUUCUAUUAAAAGCCAUCAGUAAAUUCAGCGUUAUUCCAGAAACUGUAGCAAUUAAAUCAUCUGCAUCGGCCCCAAAAGCGAAGGUUGGUGGAGCAUCUUUUGAGCAGAUCUUUCUGGCUGGUUUCAGAAAGUCUUCCUGCAUGUAGCAGGGACCAGGCUCUGACCCUGAUCGUGCCACCAGACGUCCAGAGCAGCUCUGCUGAACUCCUGGCAUUUUAACAGUGGUGAGCUAAAGCCAGACUUUGGCCCAAAGAUGUGUCGAGGGCAAUCUGUAUCACACAGGACUUAAUUUGCCCCAGGAUCUGGUUUAUGUCCAUUAUUUAUUGCACUGUUAGGAGACCAAAGAAAUCCUGAGAGGGGAAAAAAAAACCAUAGGUGGUAGAUAAUUGAGGCUGCUUUUUGCUUCCUACCAGUGCAUCUGAGCUGUUUUCAGUUGUUAGGUUUCUCAUUUGCACCGAAGUUUUACUGUGACAGAGAAUUGCCCACGGGUUGUUCAGUGCUUUGUGCGAUUUUCCAGGCGUUUCUCACAUUCAUGCAGUGACUCGAGCGCCGGGUUCGCGGUGUCCCCUCGGCAGCCCUGGCGCCUCUGGCACCUCUGUCUUUGUGGAGGACUGGGGACACCGCGUGUGCCCAGGAACGGGCUCUGCCACGGCAGGCUGCCAGGACAGUGUGCUCUGCCAAACACGAGUACGAGGAUCGAUUGUCCUCGGGGACAUGUGGCUUUUCAGAGGAGCCGAGGAUCCCUCAUGGCCCGUGUUAGCUCUGUGAUCUCUGCCAUCAAGUGAACAAAAGGGAAUAACACACCUGCUUCCCUCCUCCGCUCCUGCGGGAAGGGUUUCUCCUCUCCCUGAACGCUCGCCAGCGCAGCUGAGCUGGCUCAGGAGCUGCCGUAAUUCACUGCUAUCGUGCCAGGCCAGCAGCAAAUUGCUAGCUCAUCUUUCUUCCACCUGUAGCGAGAAGAGAGCCGGCAGGGAAUGGUGUUUCAUCCAUUUUCCCAGGGCUGCUUCCCUGAUGAGGCUGUUAUAUAGUGCUAUAGGAGGUGUGAGCCUAGAAUUUGGCUGACUGAGAGAUGUGACACUAAAGGGACAGCCAGAAGGAAUGAAGAAAAUAAAGGGCAGGCAGGGGGUUAACAGUCUUUAUAUGAGAAGGCUCCUCGCCUCCCAAAGGGGCUGACCUGGCAUUAGACCCACCAGGAUAACUCUGCCUCUUAGUUACACCCUGCCGGGAGAAGAGCCCUCCUGCCCCACCUGGGUGACCCCAUACAGGCAAGCCAACACCAAUUCAGGCUGCUUCAUGUCUUGUUGCAUCAGACCCAUCAGCUUCAAACAAGUUCCUCAUCCAGACUCAGUCUCAGCUUGGACAUUAGUACCAGACUUACAGCAUUUGACUAAAAAAUAGAAAUAGGGUAUUUUGCAACCCCUUUGCUGGGGUGCUCAAGGAGCUCUUCCCACCUGCAGGGACUGCAGUGCCUGUGGAAGUGUCAACCACUGAAAGAGUCAAAAGGAGCAGCAGGGACUGUCCCUGUAUCCACAGGGAAAGGCCUUCAUCUUUGGUGCUGCCAGGUGUCCAGCCCCCAGCCAAGCAGGGACCCCUCUGUGCAUGGGUGUACCCUGGACACUGAAACACAGAGCUCCUUCCUCCAGUGCCCUGCUGGGGGCUGGAAACGCUGUGUGUCUAUUGAUUUGGGCAUAGCCAGACGCAUCAAAGCAGUCGUGGGGAACAGGUAAUUCCCAGAGAUUGUAAUGAGAGUGUUAAGCUAUUUUCCUUUCUCCCUUCAAUCAUUUUCACAGAACGAGUUUAAUGAAGAGCUAUUCUCUGCUUACAAAAUGGUGCUGCACAAGCUAGAUGGAUUCCUCUGACCUUUCAGUGUGCUUUACUUGAAUUGGCUGCCUCUUCAUGUUCUCCUCUCGCUGCCUUGAACGGGAAAGACAGCUGAAAUAGGGACUCUUGCAGCAAAUACUGUGGCAUAUUGCCUUCUUUCUAUCAGUCACUGGUGUGCUUCCUGAAUCCUUGUCUAUUUAUUAUUAGUGGUUUUAUUUGUGUUCCUGUGGCUGGGAGCUCUGCAUAACGUUUCUGGAAAGAGAAGUGUCCUGUAGCCCUGUAACAGUGUAGUUGAAAUCAGUCUUGUCCCUGGUGUGAUGUAAAGGAAGAAGUAGGAAAUGUCUGGACAUGCCUGAAGGACAAUCCCUGAGCUCCACCAUGGCUGACACGCCACAGGGAAGCAGGACAGGUGAGAGCAGUCAGCCAAAGCAAUUUUGCUGUCACAGAUAAUUCAGGCAAGGAAAAGUUUUCAGGCUUUGCAAUCAAGGAGAUGGAAAGGUCAGGCUGGAGCAAAAAGGGAUAACAGAGUCUUCAGUUGGAUCUGGCAGAAAAAGAUUAAAGGUCCUCCUUCCGAGCUUCCUGUAAUUCCCAGAAAUCCUCUGGAUGACACUCAUUAUUUGUGUUAUCUUUGCACCUAGUAGAGUGAGUCAGGGACCAGGGUGCUAUACAAGCUGUCCUUUUGCCAAGGAAACUUAAAAUCCAUCAGUGCAAUGAGAGAGAGAGCUGAUAUGAGCCCUAGAGAAGGGGGAGAAUGAGCAAAGCACAAGGUUGCAGCCUAGGGAAUGGCAUUGGCAUAAGGGUGGCUAUCAGUCAUCCCUGGAAGGGGAGGAGGGAGUGUCAGGAGCUAAUGAGGCAGGUUUGUGGGUGUUUACAAGGAUCAUGGUAAUACUCUGUGGCAAUGACAGAACAGAAGAUGACACAUUAAGGUAAUGUUUGGGCACUGGGUAAUGUGAAAACAGCGUGAGGAGAUUAAAAUCUGCAACAUUUACAGUACUACCCAAAAUAACUGUUUUGCACAGGAGCCAUGCUUGCCCUCUGUAACCAGGGCACAGGUAUGGCACUUGCCAGUGAAAUGAAGACAGAUUUAAACCAAUGCUGGAAAACUUCCACCCUGCCUCUUGCUAACAGAGGAUCCAGAUGCCAGGUUGGGGAUGGGGCACUGCCAUCAGGCUGGGAAGGGCAUGGGCCAGCAGAGCUCAGCAAAACACUAAUGAAGGAUUUUGGAUGUGGUUUUGUUCCCAUAAUUAUUAGCACAGUAGUGCAAAAUGUACAGAUGACACCAGAGUGGAUGGGACUAUUAAUGUCACUGUUGAAUCCUGAUUUCCUGGAUGGCAGUGGAGGAUGUGCAGGCGAGCAGUCCCAGAGCUGCAUCUGUGGCAGAGGGAUAUCUGACAGCUAGCAAUCACAUUUUUCAAGGGCUUAUUCCUGGCUGUUUAAUACUUCAUCUGCUCUCCUGGGGAGGGAGGAGGGAAGAACGGAGGAGUAUAUUUGGCACAGCAGGGAAGUGGACUCGGGUCUUUUCCAUCCCUUAGUGCUGUGCUGUUGCAGGGGGAGAGAAAGCCUCCUUCCACAGCAGUACUAAUCCUCCUCCACAGCAAGAUGAACGUUUUGAACUUGAACAACUCCUCUCAUUUUUCCCCCAUGUGAUUGUGAGUCAGGCUGAGCUUCUCUAUUCUUCUCCAUAAUUGAGUAGGAGAUUAUUUUGACUGGAAAUAACCAGACACAGGUAUCAUGGCUGUGAAAGCCUCCAUGCAUGCCACUUGCUGAAAGUUCUGUAGCCUUCUGCAGAGUGACCUGGUCUUUAAAGGCUUUGCUCAAUGGAGAGGGAAGAAAAGCAGAGGGGAAGAAUAGCUCCUUCCUGUUCACUUCUGUCACUGUCUCUGCUAAACUUAACCUGCUGAAUUGUUGGUGACACACUGUUCUUCAGAAGCAGUUCCUUUGUGGAAGACCUCCCCUGUGACACAAGGAAUAGCUGCUGUGAGACAGGAAAUAUCCCUGACAUGAUGGCUUUCUACAGGAGCUCAUAGCUGCUAUCCAGUCCCAUGGACAUGCCAAGAUAGUUAUGAGAAACCAUUCCUUUAAAAUCUCCCCAGGCACACAUUUUCCUGUCCUUCUCUUCCUGUAUCUGUAGUUGUCUUCCAUGAGAUGCAGGCCAGCUGCUUGGGUUGCAUUGCCACCCCUCUGUCCCAGAGGCAGGGAGUGAUGGAGGAGCGCAGGGUGAGUGAGAAGCAGAUGCAGUGUGAGGCUGUGGCAGGGCACGUGGCAGGGGAUGCUGCCAGAUGCCAGUUCUGGCUCUUAGUGGGUACCAGGGAGGCGGAUGCAGCCUCAUGGCAGGGCUGAGUUUUAGCUACACACACUCCUACCAGCAAAGCCAGACACUAAGGAGCAUUUCACAAGAUCAGGCUUUCUCCAGUUUAUACAUAAGUGGGAUUGCUUCAGGCUAUUGAACCAGCCUGCUGCAGACUAGCCAAGCCAGAAGUUUUAUCUGUGCUGUAGCAAACUCAAGCCACUGCUGUUGUGCUUGUGCAUCUAAUGUCUCAGCUGCUUGCUGAAGAGCUAAUGAGCUUUUGGGGAUACAUGGGUGCUAUAAACUCCUUAGGCCAGAGAUAAGCAGCUUAUUGCCUUUAGGAGCACUGCCAGCCCUUGGCUCUGCUGCUGCGGUGCUUCUCGGGCCCAAGUUCUUCGUUAGCAGCAAGGGCUGUGAAGUCCUGAAAUAAAUGUGUUCUGUUUCCAUGUGUACAUGUGCACACUGCAGCCUCUCCACAGGGUGAGGUAAAACCAGGCAGUGGGACAAGCAGGCAACACCAGGCUUUGCACACUGCUGUCACAUCUCCCUGUGUGUGACUUCAACCCUCACAAAGCACAUUGCAUUCCCUGCACUGCGGCUGUGCUAUCUCAUCUGUGCAGGAUGAAUCCACCACCCUCAUCACAGUGAAAUGGCCUUUGGCGCCCAACAGGAAAUUCACCAUGGGCAGUGUGGGCAGCUUCAAAACAAAAGGUGACUAUGUUGGUCGUGAGCCAAAUUAUUUCCAUUGCUAUCUUCUCUUUGCUUUUGAAUAGACCUACUGUGAGUAUCUGUCCAGAAAAUUCACUGGGUUAAAAAAAAAUGGAGGUAAUGCACAACUGAAAGCAAGUGUGAAGGUAAGUUUUUAUUUUCUACAUAUGAAUUCAGCCCUUGCUGUUCUCCACUCAUUGUCUGCAGUAUCUACCAUCAAAAGCAAUCCCAUUGACAAUGGUCAACAGGCUGAGGUUGCUACUCCUACAAAAUGCUAGGAAGAGACUUCAAAUCUGCUUGGCUAGUCAAAGCAUCUCUAUCCUUAUUGUAUAUUUUACUUUUUCCCUACCUUUUUACCUAGAUAUAAAGUAGCCAAACAGGUCUCUUUCAAGGCAUAACUAGGAGCAGAAUUUGACAUCCAACUGUCAAAUUUUUAUUCAGUUGCUCUUGUUGGAGCAGUUUUGGAAUUAAUCUGGUCAUCACAGAGAGUGAUUUGAGGUGCUGGAAGUACCUUCUGAUACCAUCUUUUGAGUAGAUAAAAUCUGAAAUAUUAUUUCUUUGCUGCUCCAUUGUCCUUAUUUGUUACCUUUCCUGCUGGUUUACACUGCACAGCUUAGAUGAAGCCAGAACUACUCCCUUAUUUUGGCACUCUGUGCAAAUGGAUAUCCUCUCCUUGCCUAUGGCCCCUUCCCCCCACAGCUGGUGGAAACGAAAGGAUGAGCAAAGCAAAACCUUUGGUGUGACUAAAACUGUGAGAUUUAACUGUACCAGAGAGUCCAUGAGCACUGCUUGAAUGCUAAAUUCAUAGUUAAAUGGGUGUUGUCUGUGGAGAUAACACCCCUGCUGGGGUGUUGGAGUGGAGUGAUGAUCUGGCAGUGUUCCUGUGACACCGUGGGGUCAGCUCAAAGCUCUCCACCACCGCUGCUGGAGCAGCACAGACAGUUCAGUGCCAUGCCUGGAAUUCAAAUCCAGCCAUCACCAGAUUCAUGCUCACGAGCUGAAUGCCACUAACUGACCCUUCUGUAUUUAAAUCACUUCUUCAACAAAGGCGUUCUCUUGUUAUUUCACUUUGAACUGUAGGAAUAGCACAUUAAAAGGCUUUGCAGUUUUAAAGUGUUGGUGGGUCUCAACCAACUUUGUGGGCUAAGUAAAGCGUUAGAAAUAUUUUUCACCACACUAUCCUAUCAACUGAACUUUUAAGGCAGAAUGAUGAAAAGAAGAAUAUUCUUUUAAUAGUGCUUUCUCUCUGGUAAAAGGUGUUGCUAACUUGUUGAAGCAGAGCUUGGAAUAACAGAUGAAAACUGUCAGAAAAGCUGUGAUGUACUUUGGAUCUGAGUGAAAAUUGUGACCAAAAUCUGAGUCUGCCCAAACCCUGAGUUAUAUGCCAAAAUGCCCAGGAUUCCUUGGAUCAUCAUGCAAGUUGAUAAGGGGCGUGCUGAUGGUAAAUGUGGCUUGAAGGCAUCAGUGCCGGUGUGGAAGAAUUGCCUGGAGACAUGGAAGUUCCCUGGGUCACUUCCUGGUACAACAGCGGCUGAAUGUGCAUUAAAUUUGAAGAAGAUAUAUAUAUAUACAGGACAAACAGUGCAGGAUUUCUGGAGUGUCUACAACAACAUUCCUCCCGUGACAAACUUGCCUCUGAGAUGUAGCUACCAUUUAAUGCGGGGAGAAAGGCGCCCGCUUUGGGAAGAAGAAAGCAAUGCCAAGGGAGCUAUAUGGAAAAUGAAGGUCCCUAAAGAAAGUACGGCUGCAGCUUAGAAAGAGCUACUGCUAGCAACUAUUGGAGAGCAGUUUACAGAUUGCUGUGCAGCAGAUGAUGAAGUAAUAGGGGUUAGUGAAGAUGGUGACCUUGAAGAUGUUGUGCAAGUCUGGAACAUGAAUUCCUCUUCAGCAAGUGAAGCAAAAGUUUUACAAAAGAUUCAUAAACUUCUUCCACACACAUCUUUUAAAGCCAUCUUUUAUAAUUCCCAGCGAGAGCAUCAUGCUUUUGAAGGCUGAUGUGAAAAUCAUUGAGUGCAUUGUAUGCCAAGAUCAUGUGUUGUUGUUUGGUGUUUUGAGGUGGUCUGGACAAGGAGGAGGAUGGUGGAAGCCCUGCAGGAGCGCUACACGGGGAUGGCCCUUUUGAGUUUCUGACAUUUCACACUGACCUAUUGCUAAUGAAAAUGAAAAAACCCUGAACGCUUGCCUUGGCCAUAAAUACAUGAUUCAUUGCUUCUGUUGACUUGGUGUUUUUAGUUCUUAGUUGUUUCUCUAAAAAAAUAUUUUGGCCACUUGUUUGUUCACCCUGAUUAUAUUUGUUCCCAUUUCUUAAAGAUUGUUGGCUUCUUCUUCUGUGCUGUACUUAGUGAAAAGCAAACAUGCAGAGAUGCUAUGCUGCUUUUCCAAGAUGUGCUGUGCAUACAGAAACCCUGGCUUGGGGAAAUGUGUUUUCAAUUUUCACUUUGAAACAUUCCUAUCAUGUUAAAGUUUAUUCACUGGUUUGUCCCAAGAGAGAAAGAAAUUGCACUGCAUUUAUUCUAAUGUUCAGUCUAAUCUGGUCCUACACUGACAACAGCACAUAUUGUAAAUGUAAAUAGAAAAAGGUACCUUAAAUGAGCAGUUAAAGAGAACACAUUUAUAUUGGGACUAACCCUGUGUAGGAUGAUGUUAAUGUCUUUUGAUUGUAUUGAUUUCAGAAGCGCCUUUGUCCAGGUUAGAAUCAGAAAUUUCUCUGUAGGAAACCCUGCAAACUCAACACCUCUUAUUUAAGGGUGAUAGGCUAUUUAUGGUUCUAUAUUGUAUGCUCUCUUAUUGUAUCUUUCUGUCCAGCCAUGAAAAAGUGUCAUGAAUAAUUUCUAAUUAAUUGUACAAACUGGAUCCAUUCCUCCCACUUCCUUAAAUAUUUCAAGCCCAUGUCUGCACCUACUAGGACAAUGUCAGAAUUGCUGCUGACUUCAGUGCAAAGGAAGAGAUCCCAUUGUCUGUAGUCUCAAGCCCUCAAAACCUCCUAAGUGUCUUUUUUUUAAAUAAACAAAAAAUACAGAAAAGAAAUUUGUGUUGCAGCUUGAAUAGGAAUAUAAACAGUGUUAACCUUUAAAUGUUUGUCUCUAUUAACUAUUUGAGGUGUUUUAAUACACUACCAAAGAUUGAUGUGGUUCCUUUAACAAGAAGGUGCAAGGUAGAGAUGAACAUACCCUCUGCUGAGCCCUUCUUCAUCCUUUAGAGGUUUUUGUCUGGUAGCUCUUUAAGUUGCACUGAUUUCCACAUCUUUAGUGUAUUAAGAGGCAGCCAUAAAAAUGAAAUAAAUUUAAAAGUAAGUAUCACAUAUUUGAGAUUUUUUUUUUUACAACUUUAUCUUGUAUUUACGACUUUAACUUGUAUUUAUGGAUUAAAACUGUGUAGUUAAUGAGCAUUAUUAAUUAAACACAUUUUCUAAAAUCCAAGCGUCUUGCUACUGUAAUUGCUUUCUGGGAUGUAAUGUUACUGGUCCUGCUUUU